AUGGAGGAUUGGGAGGAUGCACACGAAGUGGUCAAAGCCGAUAUCAGUCAGCUGAAGGACCAGAUAGGUCAGAUCCUUGCUGCUCUAGAAUCUCUUAAGACAGCGGGAGAAUCUUCAUCUGCACGAGUUGAGGGGAAUGCCCACUAUUAUCCCCCGAUGUUCAACGCUGUAAGCCAAUCGGUCCCUUUCCCGAUGUAUGGCUUACCUCCAGGUUAUACUCCUCCUAUAGGAGAGUACGCAGAAGUAGAGCAAACUGCGGUCUCACUUCCCCCAACGACUAAUGUAAUACUGACCGGCACUCAAGGACCUGUUUCAGUGUCGGCUCCCAUAGGGGGUACGAGAAUGAAUGAGACCAACACAACUGAUGGAAUUCGGGUGACCCCAGUACCGCAUAUGGGUACUGGAGGGGGCUUUUCAGCCAAAGUCAUACCAAACACCAUGUUGCAAGGAGUAGUCAGUAGUGCUGAUGGGACUAAGAAUAAGUUGGAAAUACUGGAGGAGAGAUUGAGGGCCAUCGAAGGGGUCGAAAGUUAUGGGUUUGGAGAUGUCGCGAGGCUGAGCUUGGUUCCCGGGGUGAUGAUACCACCCAAAUUUAAAGCGCCGGAGUUCGAGAAAUACAAAGGUAAUACCUGCCCGAAAAGCCAUCUGACCAUGUACUGUAGAAAGAUGGCUGCGUACGCUUACGAUGAUAAGCUACUCAUCCAUUUUUUCCAAGACAGUUUGGCUGGGGUAGCGUUGAACUGGUACACCCAUCUUGAGCCGUCUCGAAUCCGUUGCUGGGCAGACCUGGCAGACGCCUUUAUAAAGCAGUAUAUAUACAACACGCACAUCGCACCGGACCGACUGCAACUGCAAAGCAUGUCAAAGAGGGACGACGAAACUUUCAAGGAAUAUGCCCAACGGUGGAGAGAGUUAGCUGCGCAAGUUGAACCACCUUUGUACGACAGGGAGGUGGUGGCAAUGUGUGUGAACACUCUCCAGCCGCCAUUUUAUGAGCACAUGGUCGGGAACGUGUCUGCCAAUUUCGCUGAUAUCAUUAUAAUAGGAGAAAGGAUAGAAAUAGGGGUUAAAAGUGGGAAGAUUGCAUACACUAAUGCGGUGUUUGCUCAUCAAGCCAGGCCUCAACAACAACAAGGUUAUUAUCAACCGCCAUUGCCCCCAACUGAUUCUUGGAGAGCUGGGGCAAUUGCAGGUCCAAAUCAGAAUGCGAGCCAAAACACUUACCCAAGAAGGAACCAAUUUGUUAAUUUCACCCCUAUCCCUACAACUUACACAGAAUUGUUACCCCAACUCGUCCAAAGGGGUUUGGUUGCUAUUUGUCCGAUGAAGCCCAUGCAACCUCCGUACCCCAAGGGCUAUGAUGCAGAGGCCAAAUGUAGUUACCAUGGGGGAGGUGUUGGUCACUCAACUGAGAGGUGUCUGGCCUUUAAACACAAAGUACAGACUCUAAUUGACUCGGGGUGGUUAAAGUUUCAAGAAGAUAAACCUAGCGUCGAGACUAAUCCGCUUUCUGGGCAUGGGAGUGCCUCGACGAAUGCCGUCGAGGAUGAAAGACAUGAGUUGAUAAGAAACGCGGGUGAAAUCCGAAGUUCAAGAAAAUUUAUCUUUAAGGCGCUGAUCAAAGUGGGCCUUUUAAAAGGCGAUUAUGACGAGGAUGUAACGUGUGCACUUCAUCCGGACGAUGGGCACUCUAUUGAGGAAUGUGGUGAAUUUGAAGAUAUUUUACAGGACUUGCUGGAUAGAAGUUUAAUGCAAGUAUGUUACGAGGAUAAGGAGGGGGAAGUGUUCACACAAAUCGGCGGGGAAUCCGACGUAACUUUGCCUGAGUCAUUGGUGAUUCAUUUCACUAGAACCACCCCUAUGCCAGUGUCUGAAGAAAGGUCGUCUGUCGUCAUUCGGGGGCCGUCUCCCUUUCCCUACAAAAGCGAGAAGGCUGUCCCUUGGGUGUAUGGAGCACAUGUGUUAUAUGAGGGAAAAGGCGUGGAUUCGGCCGUUGAGAACAUAACAGGCAUAGGUGGGAUGACGAGAAGUGGUCGAAUCUUCGCGUCACCAAUGGUGACAAAAGAGGGGACCAAUAAUAACGAAACAACAAUGGCCGCGAAAGCCGGGGAGGACUUAAAAGGAAAGGGCGCGCAGGUAGAGGAGACCCCUAAUGAGGAGGAAAAGAAAGAAAUAUCCGAGGAAGAGGCCUGCGAAUUUUUAAAAUUCAUUCAACAGAGUGAGUAUAAGGUGGUGGAGCAGUUGAAUCGCAUGCCUGCCCGGAUUUCCUUGUUAGAAUUGCUUAUGCAUUCUACCUCUCACAGAAAGUUGUUGAUGAAGGUACUCAGUGAGGCUCAUGUCGAGCAUG